UCCCAUUCCUCCUAAUUCACCGGAUGCAUAUAAAUACCUCUUCUUAUUGCAACUAUCAUAUCACACUUUUUUCUCUCCCCAUUCUACCCCUUCUUUGUUUUUCUAUUAUUACAAUUUCUGAAGGAGAACAUGACCAUUCUCGUGGAGCAAAUUCCAUUUGGGUCACAAUUUGAAGAUACCAAAAAUGUGCAUUCUGAAACCAACACCAAUGAACUUGUUCUUGAUGCUGGAUUUCAUCAACCUGAAAAGGAUUCUCAGAAUCAAUUGUUCCUUGCUCCAGAAAUCAAUUCAUUUGGCCAUACCUUCAGAAAUUAUGAUGAAGAAAGUGAAAGGCAAAAAGGGGUUGAGGAAUUUUAUAGAUUGCAACACAUCAAUCAAACAUAUGAUUUCGUGAAGAAAAUGAGGGAAGAAUACAAGAAACUAGACAAAGCUGAAAUGAGUAUAUGGGAAUGUUGCGAAUUGUUGAAUGAUGUUGUGGAUGAGAGUGAUCCUGAUUUGGAUGAGCCUCAAAUUCAACAUUUGCUGCAAUCUGCUGAGGCUAUUAGAAAAGAUUAUCCUAAUGAAGAUUGGUUACAUUUGACCGCUCUCAUUCAUGAUCUUGGGAAAAUUCUUCUGCUGCCGAAAUUCGGUGAAUUACCUCAGUGGGCUGUUGUUGGUGACACAUUUCCUGUAGGUUGUGCUUUUGAUGAAUCAAAUGUUCACCACAAGUAUUUCAAGGACAACCCUGAUGUCAAGAAUUCUGCUUAUAACACUAAAAAUGGGGUCUAUACUGAAGGAUGUGGACUAGACAAUGUGAUGAUGUCAUGGGGACAUGAUGAUUAUAUGUGUUUGGUUGCUGAGGAAAAUGGCGCCACUUUGCCAAAAGCAGGAUUGUUCAUCAUCAGAUACCAUUCAUUUUACCCUUUGCAUAAGGAAAAUGCUUACACUCACUUGAUGAAUGAACAAGAUUUUGAGAAUUUGAAGUGGCUCCAUGUAUUCAACAAAUAUGAUCUUUACAGCAAAAGCAAAGUUCUUGUUGACGUCGAAGAAGUGAAACCGUAUUACCUCUCGCUUAUCGAGAAGUAUUUUCCUGCAAAGCUGAGAUGGUGAUUAGUGAACUUUGAAGAUACUUACGAUCACGAAUGAAGGGUUAAGGGUCUGAAGGAAACAUAUACUCAUUUAUUUUGUCUAGUGAUUUGCAAAAUUACUAAGAGAUUAAAGGGUUAAUCAUUUUUUUUUCCGCGUAGUUUCAAUAAGAAAGUCAUAUGUUUGUAUUUGUAUUUGUAAUGCAGUUUGUAAUCUGUUGCAAUCAAAUAAACAAUUGGUUUCACAAAUCUAAAUAAAAAAAUUAUGUCUUAUUA